CAUUUUUGUUGUUGCAAGUCAGCACAAGCCGGAACCGUAGUCGGAAGCCACUAAGUUUGUAAUUCUAAAUAAAAAUUAUCACCCAGGAGGCCGCCGGUGAGCGCGUCUUCGAUUACGAAGAGGGUGCUGGGCGGUUCUUGAGAGUCUUGAGGCAUGUACGCAAGCAGUACGCCAGGGACACCGCAGCAAGUGGGCACACCGGGAGGCACCACUGCCCACUACCUGCCCAGCUUCCUGACGGGCCCACAGACUGAUGCACGGAGCCCCGCCUCAGACCGGCUCGCUACCUCAAGCCUACACACCGAUGGGACGCCUCGGCCACAGCAGGCGACACCACUGUCUGGCCCGCCUACUCGGAGCCUGUUCGGUGAAACCAGCGUCCUCUCCUCGUCAAUGACACAAGACAGCUUCUGUCAAAGCCCCUCAAGUGUGCUGCACGAAUCCAACACGGCCAAUGUCUCUGGGCAGCUAGACACACUGUUCAGUCCCGGAGAUCAGACGUACUCCCCAGGCUACUCCGACGAAACUUGGGUUACUGUUUUUGGGUUUCCACCGUCUGCUAGUUCGUAUUUUCUGCAGCAGUUCUCUCAGUAUGGCACCAUUGUCAAGUACAAGGUGAGCUCUGAGGGCAACUGGAUGCAUCUGUGCUACCAAUCUCGACUGCAAGCCAAGAAGGCACUGAGCAAGAACGGCAAGGUUUUCGGAUCGCACACCAUGGUCGGCGUCAAGGCCUGUGGGCUGCCCGACCAGCCAGGCCAGGCGUCCUCGUCCAAGGAGAACACGGCUACCAUCGAGGCCCGGCCGCUCGUGCAGGCCUACCGAGCCUCGGCCAGCAGGCGCCAGGUGACGCUACCGGAGACGCCCACACCGCGCCGCGACACAACGGUGGCGUCGCGAGCGCUGGAGUAUCUCUUCGGGUGGUAGCGGCACCACCACCUUUGCCACGGCUGUUGCUCUUCACUGCUGGAAUUAAAGCGGCAACCUUUCCCAACUGGUUGCUUUUUAGUUUUUA